AGCGCUGCUGGCCCCGCCUCCUUCUCCUCCUGUUCCUCAGUCAGCUGAUCUCAUAGCCCGCCACAGACUCCAGAGGCAGCAAGUAGAAACUAAGUCACUGCUUUCUAUUGAACAGUGUGAAGGUGGAAUGCGUCACUCAGAUCCCUUGGUUUUAAGGAAAUUUACACUGCUGGUUUGGGGAGGCUUAGCCUCCCCAAGCCUUCAUUAAAAUAUCGGUGUUGGUGCCAUUGGGAGUUCUUUCUACUUGGCUGGCUAUCGUGCUGUGGCAUCUGGACUUUGAGUGAGUGUCUCCUCGUGAUUUGUUGAUAAUUACAUUUAUAUUUCUUGCUGAGAGGCCUAGCAGAUGUCCCAAGAGAGAGAGCCAUUUCCUCCAAGGCCUGAAGGGCCUGAGCAAGUAAAUGCAACAGAAGAAAGUCUUUUGGUCCCCCUCCCACAUGAAAAAUGUGAAAAAGAAAAUAUGGAUAUAGAAGACACAAGUCUUUAUAGGAACAAAUGCGUUCAAACUGACCUAGAAGAACGGUCCAUAUUGGAAGAUAACAGCAAUAGCCAACCCAUCAAAGCCCAACCUCAGCGCUUGCCUCAGCCAAAUACUUCAGCAAUGGAACAGAGCGAGGAAGAAACUGGCAAGAUACAAAAUGGUCAUGUAGGUCUGAGUAAUAUAAAUGGAAUCCACAAUGGGGUCAAACAUGUUCCUGCAGAUCACAGAAAGUUAUCUGCUCCUGUUUCGCAAAAAAUGCACAGGAAGAUCCAGUCCAGCUUGUCUGUAAGCAGCGAUGGGAGCAAAAAAAGCAAAAUGAGUUCAGCGUAUUCUGAGAAACCGAGCUCUUCACCAGAAGAUUGCUGUGUUCACUGUAUCCUAGCCUGCUUAUUCUGUGAGUUUCUCACACUGUGUAACAUUGUACUGGGACAAGCAUCUUGUGGCAUCUGUACAUCUGAAGCCUGCUGCUGCUGCUGCAGUGAGGAAAUGGGAGAUGACUGUAACUGCCCUUGUGACAUGGACUGUGGAAUUAUGGACGCCUGCUGUGAAUCUUCAGACUGUUUGGAAAUCUGCAUGGAAUGCUGUGGGAUAUGUUUUCCAUCCUGAAAAACUUUCUUUGUAACAACUGGAGUCAAUUUUUCUAUAGAAACACUUGAUCAGAUAUGUUGCCAACAUCCUACUUGCACUGCUACCUGUAUGAUUUCUUUUGUUACUGGAGAACCAUACAACAGAAUUAUUUUGCUGAGGGCUUUAUCUGAAAACAUUUAUAGUGUUAUACCAUAACUGCAUAUCAGAUAUCUGUAGCAACAAUAUAAAACACGGUAUGUAUGUUAAUAGUAACCUUUCAGUGUGUUGUAUUGUCAACGUUGCUACAUUUUAUAGAGUAUUAUUCAAACACACACACCUGUCUACUGGUGCUUGUUAAUUUUUUAAAUGCAUUUUAUAAAAGUUUGCCCUCAUUUUAAAAAUAAUUGUAAACCUGCAAAGGCAAAAUUAUGUUUAAUAUUUGUUCACAAGCUGUCAGAUACUAGGAAAAUGUCUAGGAUGCACCCAAAGUACUUUCUAUGUUCUACUUACCAGACACGCUGGUAGAGCAAGCAGCUGUUGUAGACUUACACCAGGCUCCAACAAUCGCCUCAUGUUAUACAAAUUGCUUUAAAAUAUGCCAAAGAAUUGUUUUCUUUUGUUUUCGAAUGAAUCGGAAGCUAAAUGUAAAGUUUCUACUGUAAAAGGGUGGUGCAUAUAUUAUUACAUUGUCACUGUGCCAUCUAUAAUGCUUCAUAAUUUCCACUUUAUUUACUUUAAAUAUAGCAGACCUCAAUAUGACAUUGUUAGGGUAAAGUUUAAAUAAACUGCCAGUUAUGUACAAGCAAGUACUGGGACAGCCAUAAAGAUAUUUGAACCUCAAAAUAUCAUUUGUUUAAUUUUGGCUAGUGUAAGGGAAUACCUGGGCUACACACAGUGUUAGAUUUUUGGUCAACAACAAAAUAAAACUAGAAUAUUAUGGCUCACCUUUGCCGGCUUCUGUUAGACAUUUUAGGCUUACAAUGCCAUUUAUAAUCUUGGGGAAGUUUCUCCUGGGUGUUUUGUGUGCUUAUAACUAGGUUCCAUAGUACUUGCUGUCUCCCAUAUUUUAUCAAAAUAUCCCUCCCCUUCCCCUGAUACUAUGAUCUAUAACAUCAUUGAUGUUGUACUGUAGAUCAUAGCGCUAAGACAUGGCAUUCAGACUCGUGCACAGUUUGGCAGUCUAUUGGCAGCCUGAUUUAGGGCUCUGGCACACGGGGAGAUUAGUCACCCGUGACAAUCUCCCCGAACUGCCAUCCCACCGACGAAAAUGUAAGUCGCCGGUGGGAUGGCACACACUGCUCAUCUGCUGAGGAUUAUAUCAAGUCUUAAAUGCAGCCUUUGGCCAAUCAGAUCAGCUUUAUUUGACUGGCCAGUUCUAAGAUUUGCUCCUUCAAGGUCAUUAAAUGAGUGUAAAAGGGAUUAAGGAUGAUUAUGGGAUUAAAAAAUAUCUCUCUAAGGCAAGGCCAAUUUUAAUGGAGAAGGAAGGGCAUUUUACUGCCAGUAGAUUAGCCACAGUAGUGCAAGCUAGAACGCUAAGUUUAUUCUACAGAAAGCUUUACCAUACCUGAGUAAACAGCCCUAGAAGCUUCCUCUGUUUGUUUAAGAUAGCAGCUGCCAUGCUUGAUCUAAGUACCUUCCGUGCUGCAGCUCUAGCUGCUGGUAGCUCACAUUAGACAGCACAGUUAGGAGGGGGAGUGAGUUGAGAUGAGAGGGGGAGAGGGAGAGAUGAUCAAGUUGUGCAGACUCCUGCUAUGCCCUGAAGUAUUUCUGAGAGAAGGAAUUCUGACACAGAACAUGUAUACACAAAAGUGGAAAAUAAAUCAUGUCUCUUUUUUUUAUUUUUUUAAAGAGAGCAUAGUGCAGCGUUUCUGUGAGUGUUUAUGGCUGUAUUUACAUAGACCUUUCUGAUAAAGCUAACUUAGUUUUUACCUUUCCUUCUCCUUUAAAGCAAAAAAAAGUAGCAGUAACUUCACAAUACAUAUACAUUAUUACAGACAGCUGGAAUGGUUAGGCUUGUUUUUUCUCUUACUUAAAAGGCACGUAUCAGGGGAAAUGUAUAGAAACAAUAUUAUUUUAUGCAAAAUAUGCUAGUAGCAAAUGCUGUGCUGCCCACAUUGGGAAGGAGCUUCUGCUGUGGGUGGCCAUGUUUAAUAAUACUACACCUAAUGAGAGAACCUACUGGCUCAUUAUGCACAUUAAACACAUGUACAUAAUCAAGCUGGGACACUAUGCCUCAUUUGCAUGCAUGCAUCCUAACAUGGCUGCCUGUGCCAGAAGCUCUCUCCUGGUGCAGGCGGCAUAGGGCUCACUACUUUUUUUCAGAAAUAGCAUUUUUUUCCCCAACAAAAGUGUGGGCUGCAUUAGCAGGCAGUGAUUACUGCAAGCAUCUCAUUGGUUGCUAUGGGAUAAUAUACCAGCUGUAAGUAAUUUACCGAAAUAUUAUAGUCAAUAACCAAGUCAAACGGGCAUGGGUGUUCCUUUGCACAGCCUGUAUUUGCAUUUGAUUUAGUUAGUGCAAAAAAAGUUAAUGUCUGGCCAACAACUAGUGAAAAAUACAGAGAUCUAUUGCAUUUACAGCACUUUGCUAUCUUAUUGAUGAAGUAUUAUUAACUGUAGAUGCUGCUGUGGCAAGGCACAAGCUUUAUCACAGAUCCAAAUUAGCACCAUAUAGGCCUCUUUAGUACAUAGGAGCACCAGAUUAAGAAGGUUUAAGAUCUGUGGGAAAUGGCAUUGCUGGUUUUUAGCACAUUCUGGAUGCACAUUCUGGAUUGUGGGUUUCCCAGUUUACAGAUGUGAGUGUGUACAUGUAUGUAUUUGUGUAUGUUUAUUUUUCUGUCUUUGUAUAUAUUUAUAUACCAGUCCAGUAUCUGGAAUGCUGGGGUGUUACGGAUAAUGGAUAUUUCUAUAAUUUGGAUCUCCAUACCUUAAGUCUACUAAAAUCAUUUGAACAUUAAGUAAACCUGAUAGGAUUGUUUUGCCACCAAUAAGGUCCAUGGAUUCAUGCAGCUUAAUUAGGGUCAAGUACGAGUUACUGUUUUAUUAUUUUCUGGGUAACAGCUUUCACAUUUAUGAAAGGGUGAAACAUCUACAAAAUAAUAUCUUACUGAUUAGAGAGGUUUAAAUCCCCUUAAAAACAUUCUUGUUGAAGUAUAAAACUUUGUAUAAAAAAUACACCAAAAAAGUUAAUAAAUGCAUUCAAUAAUAGGACUAUAUUUCUGAUCUAUGAUAUGAAAUACUUUUUUUUAGGAUUGUAUGUAACUACUUGUUAUCAACAGCAUAUAGCAUUUCUUUUACAGACAAUCAUAUUAAACUUGUCCCAAAAUUGUAUAUUUUAAGCUAUGAUAAAGUUACUGUAUAUUCCUUAGAUUCAGAAAUAAUAAGAAUACCAACUGUUCUAUUUCUAGCAACUGAAUUGUACUAUGCUACUGUUCCUCUCUAGAAUGAUUAGAAAUUGUAUCGUUUGUCUCUGUAGCAGAGAAUACAAGUGUAUGGAUAAUGUAAUUUUUACAGUAUAUUUGCCUUCUUACUUUUCAAGUUAGUUUUCUUCUGAUAGAGUCUUUUGCACUCUGUCAUACAGUAGAUGUGCAUACAACUAAAAGUUUAAAAAUGUGAACAUGUAUCUUAUGAAGGGUUCAGGUUUGCUGAACUCAAAUCAUUGCUUACUGUUACUUUUUCUUACUUUAUUAUUUAACUGUAGAACACAGUAACAUUUUACUAGGAUCCUAAAUGUUAUGUUGUUUUCUAAUCGUAUGUAACUGGACAUAUGCUAGACACAAUUUUAAAAUAAAGAAAUUUAUUUUAACUUUUGAAA